GAACUGUCCAAGGUCCAGACACCAGAUUUAAACUUUCGGGCGUAGCUUAUGGGUUUGUCGCACUGAAUUGGGAGCUUCCCUGUAAUGCGAUAAGAGCUUCUUCAAAGCCCCACCAUCCAUCCAUUGCUCCAUCAUCGUCCCUCGUCUUGAUUAUUUCGAGGGUGUAAAGAAGAAUAUGGCGGAACCCUUCGUGUCAAUCAGGAAAUACAUCAAAUGGGGAGCAAGUAUUUAUUGUGCAGCCCUUUUCGAACCUGCUAACAAUGAUUGCAGGAGAGUGCGGCAAAGGAAAACACAAAGUACAUACCCCAGGCUGUUUGUUAUCAAUAGCUCGGAAGUUGCUAACAUACAGUUUUUAGCACUCUCGUCUUGACAUCCGCCGAUAAACAUUACGUAGAUAUACGAAUACUUGACCCAUUCAACCCACUCCCAAACAAUACUUCCGACACUCAAGCAAUAUCAAGGCUAGAAUGGGGUUUCGCGGGAAGUGCAAUCAGCACUCCCGCAGAGUUUAAAAAUGAUGAUAAAAGCAUCUUGAUCAGGCCAGCGCAUACACAGUGGAUUCAUGAAAUAGAUAAUAAGAUACAGAAUCCUGGGCCUGAUGAUCGUGAUGAGGGAUUCAUGUAUCCUGUGGAGGGCACAAAUGAGGUCUUAGAAAAGGGAGCCAUGGUGAAUCCGGAGACCGGGAAAGUGGAGGACUAUCAAGAGUUGUGGGAGGAUCUAGAGGUGGAGAUGAUGGAAGGGGAGAAAAGUGACUACUUCAUGAGCUGGGUGUUGAAAACUAAGGGCACUGAUGGCGAAGUAAAUGGGAUGGUGAUCAGAAUCGGCGAGUGGAUACAAGGGGUUAUGAGGAACGGUGAUAUAUUUUCGGUGUUUAGGUGGAAAUGGAAUAUCAAAGAUGGGUGGGAAAGAGUAUUGGCAAUUGGAGAAGAUCCAAGGCUAGAUAGCCAGAUCUUUAAGAAGGAGAUAUCUGUGGGUGUUAGCUUCGAGGCCGAAGGUGGUGUGGAGUGGGAGUUCACAAGUUGUCACAAGCACAGAAAGUAAGUUCAAGGGCUCAGGAGGUCCAAGGUGUCCGGCUUAUGAUGAACUCCAAAAUUUAAAUCUCUGUUGAAGAAUGAGAUUUCAUUCUGCCCUCUAUCUUUGAGCCAAUGAGAUACUGACUCGGAAACUACUCCGCCUUUGCAUAUUUACAUUCCCAUUAAGGAAUGUAAAUGCACCCCGCUUGUUCUAUAAGUAUAGUGUUUAGCUUCAAAACAAACAACUAGUUUCUCAAGGCGAUACGAAUUUUUUGUUUC